AUGGCUUCUAAUAGCUCAUCAAAGGGCCGUGGAGGAGCAAAUCUGGCUGUUCAACUCGAAGGUUCACACAUUGAGCAAUCAACCCUUAAUCAAUCCUCAAUCGGUGAAAACGACCAACAUUUGUCGGACGUCUCAUUUGACCAGGUAUUGAGUGUGACGAAAUGGCCCAAUGGCUACCGAGGGCUGAGGAGUUAUUUAUUAAACUCCUGGUUGAGGAAUAAAUAUCGGACUUUCAAAGAACUUCUUUCAACUAUUGGUUUUGGUUGGGAUCCAGAAACAAACAUUGUGACAGCUGAGGAAGAUGUCUGGGCGCAAUUUAUUAUGACGAACCCACAGGCGAAAUGUUUUUGCAAGAAAGGGUGUGACCACUUCAACUUAUUGGGACUUAUCUUUGAAAAAUCUAUAGCCACAGGCAUUUUAGCACGUACUUCUACCCAAGGACCCCUAACUUCUAAUGAGGAGAGAGAGUUGGAAGAGGAGUUCAUGAAUGGCCCAUUUGACCCACCACCUAAAAAGAAUGUAAGCACUUCAUCACAAAAGGAGAGCAAGAGUUCUAAGAUAGACAAUGCCAUUGAUGCAUGGAUUGCAUUCUCAAUUGUGAGGUUGGAGAAAUACAAGUGUAGUGGUCACAAUAACCAUGUAGAUGACCCUUAUAGCAUUGAGAUUUGCAUGGAUGUGUUAGAGGCUAUAAAAGAUGUUGACUCUCAACAAUAUUUUCGUGCUUGUGCCAAGUUCAAGGACCAUGAGUGGCGUCAAAUGUUUCUUAAGAUGUCUGUACUGCGUAGGAAGGAGUGGCUUGACCAGAUUAAGUGUCAUUUCUUUUGCUUAAUUAUGUAUGAUACUAUUUAG